UGCAGCGGGAGGGACACAUUAAACAAACGGAACAUUCUGCAUAUGGGCAGCAUGGCGGCUGCGGGCCGAGAUGGAUGUUUUGGCUUUUCAUUGGAUCUACAGGAUAGAAGCAGUGUUUACUGGAUGCUAUAAGCACAUAUUAAUGGGAAGUCAAAACAUUACCGGCAUAUCCACCUUAUUGGAGAAGCACCUUCUGGUCAGGCAUUUUGCUGCUGUGAAACUCUCCAAAACAGAACAGAAAGACCCAAAGAAGGAAAACCUGAAACCUAAAAGUGAGAGAAAGACAGACUUAAACAGACAUAAGCCAUAUGGUCUGACAGCUUGGGAGCCAGUUGAUGAUGUCUACCGGAUCCAGUAUUACCCAAAGAAAGUACAUGAUGUUGAGACAGCAAUUGAUAUGCUGAAGAAGUUUCAGCAGUUAGACUUUACUUACCCCAGGCAACCUGUUUAUAUUGAUCUGCGGCUUGACAUGAAGCUGGAAAAGAAGAAAAAAGUGGAUCCAUUUGUCAGAAUUGUACACCUGCCUUAUCCUUUUAUGACAACCGUCAACAAAGUGCUGGUAUUCACAGAGAGUCCAGAAGAAGUUGCUGUCGCUCAGAAACAUGGAGCAGAUAUUGUGGGUGGAAUAGAGCUCAUUCAGAAAAUCUUGGAUGAUGAAAUUCAAGCGGAUUUCUAUGUGUCUGUUCCAGACAUGAUAUCAAAACUGGUGCCUCUGAAGAACAAGUUAAGGAAAAAAUUUCCUAAAACCAAACGGGGUUCUGUUGGGUAUAAUAUUCCUGAAAUGAUAGAAAUAUUUAAAACCGGCCACGAAUACCUGGUGGAGCGUGACUGUUACAUUCUGUCUAAAAUAGGGACACUGGAUAUGCCAAGGGAACAUAUUGCUGCUAAUGUUGCCGCAAUUAUCAAGGAUGCUUGUACACAAAGACCAGUGAGUUUUGGACCAUUUGUUGAAAGAGCUAUUAUUUGCAGUGCUACUAGUGAGUCUUUACUGUUCAAUGUAGGACCUUUCCUUCCUCAAAUAACAGAAGAAAAUGAAAAGGAGAAUCAAAAUGUCAAUAAUUGACCAUCGUAUUAUUACGCACAGAUGCACUGCCUAUUGCCAUUUUGUGUCCAUAUGGUAUAUUGUAAUGCAAUAAAAAGCAUGUGAAAGGAA